GUCCGGCGGACCUCAACAAAGCGCAAAGUGGCCACGUCCUAGGUUUCUGAGGAGUGAUCAAGUAACAGGUGACAAGAAGUUUGCAAGAUUUGGACAGGUGUGAAGGAAAGUAUGGCGUCUCGGAGUGCAGGAACGCUCAUAACCACGCACAAUGCCACGUACACUCCGCCGGCACUCAUGCCCGGGUACAAGGGCCAUUGUCCCACCAUCAUGUUCCGGUACGGAGACACCUAUGGCAACACUACCAAGAAGUGGUUCCAAGACUUCCGCUCUGUCACCCUGAACAACAGCCAGACACAGUACUCCAAUGGUGGUUCGUUCCCGACAUCCCUGUCCAAUGACCCUGCCCUGGUGUUGGGGAACCGUUCCCGUACUCGGGACCGCUGGCUGGCCGCGCCGCGCGUCCGUUUGUACAACGUGCAUCACGAUGGCAAGGAGUGGUACAACAAGUUUGACAAGGUGUCGCAGGAACACCGUGAAUACUACAAGGACAAAACAGGAACCUCCAAGCGAGUGACUUACUUCCAUCUCCCUACAAAGGCAGAGGACAGCUUCCGUAAACUCCCGCCCAUUGGCAUGGGGUCUCGUCCCGAGUCACGCACUUUCUCCCCGAACAACUCAGUAUCCUGGUAACUGGUUCCCAUGGUAACACAGCUUCUACACGACAGGCGGGACCCGUACUACGGACAUUGACCUACCAGCGAUAAAAACGGUGGGGUCUCGCAAGAUGGCAGAGCUUGACCGCUUCGCUGAUAAAUCCUCGGUCAGGGAUCGCGCCAUGAGAGAUGUAUUCUUCGAGCGUAGAUAGACAGGAAGCAUAUAUUUGUAUGCCAUAUAAAACCCUUCCAUGUACAUAUCAUAAUUUUUCAUAUUUCUGUUGAAAUGUGUACAUUGAUUGCAUGAGGGGUUUUGAAAAAUUGCUGCUCUUUAUACACAAUGCAUGUAUAUAUAACAUAAUUAUAUAUAUUGGGUGAAUUGUAUUGAGGUUGAAGUUGCACAUAGAUUAUGAAUAAAUAUAACCACCAUGAGUAUUACAAUGCUAUCAAUGGUUCUAAUGCUUAGCAAUGUGAAACUACAGCUCCUACAACUUUAAGAAUAUUACUGAUCAUGAGAAUAGCAAUUUUACCCCUUUGAAGAUGUUGCUGUUUUUUAUUUGAAUUGGAUAUAUAGACAAUGAAUGUUUGUUCUCUGCUUCCCUCUGCUUGACAUACAUGAUACAGGAAAUUUUUGAAAAAUAUAACACAACCACAAGA